AUGGCUGCAAACGACACAAUAGAGACCACUGAUGUCCUUAUAGUCGGCUGCGGUCCCACUGGAGCCCUUCUCACAGUGCUCCUGGGUCAAUUCGGAGUACAAAAUAUAGUUCUCGAGAAGGAGGCGCGUGUGACAGACGACCCUCGAGGAAUCACUCUUGACGAAGAUGGCAUCAGGCUACUGCAAGAGAUUGGAAUCUACGAUAAAGUCUACACGGAAAUGGGUUCCUCGCUUGGAAUGGUGCAUUUCAUGACCAGCAAGACGGACUUGCACGAGAAACCAUUUUUAAAAUUUAACAUGCAUACGACCGAAGGGGGAACAGGGCAUGUUGGAAUCAUAUCAGUCCGGCAGCCAAUCCUUGAGAAAUAUGUCCGUCUCGCUGCAACCAGGCACUCUUCUUCACAGUUGAGAUCUUCUUGCACCGUGAAACAAAUUGAAGAAGAUAAGGACUGGGUAUAUUGCCAGUAUUCGGAUGCAGCUGGAGCACAAAAGAGGGUUCGUUCGAAGUUCUUGGUGGGAUGUGAUGGGAAAACUGGGUUCACCAGGAAAUCAUACCUUGAGCCCAAAGGUCUGCUGAUGGAGAAAAUAUCUUCCUUUGGAUACAACGAAACCUGGGUUGCGAUGAAUCUGAAGCUCACCCCUCCUACCUCUGAGAGCCAUCCCAGUUUUCCACUUUGGAAGCUCGGGUACACACCUGAGCAAGUCUACGAUCUCUUCUUUCCACCGAGUUUCAGGUUCAUCUGUAACGCUGAGCGGCCAGCUGUUUGUGGCAGGUUUGGGCCAGCGGCGGACAGAUUGUGGCGGCUGGAGUUUGUCGUGCAGAAAGACGAGGACCCAAUGCUUAUGUCCAGCGAUGCGAAAACAAUGGAGAUUCUUAUGCCCUACAUUACCCACCCUGGAUCCAAGCACAGGAUUUCAGAUUCCAGUAUCCAAUUUCCUGUUGAUUGUAUCAGUGUCCUCCGUUCGAGACCUUUCGCCUUUUCUGCAAGAAGAUGCAACAAGUUCUCUGUCGAUAGAGUUCUUCUUGCUGGAGAUGCCGCUCAUGUCUUUCCGCCUUUUGGCGGACAGGGGAUUGCUUCCGGGUUUAGAGACGCUUCCGGCCUUGCCUGGCGCCUGGCACUUGCAAUUCGAGAGAACACGAAGAAUUACGACCGCCUUUUCUCAGGUUGGUUCGAAGAACGAAAACAGCAGCUCCAACUCUCACUCGCGAAAACCAUUAAAAAUGGUAAGCUCUGCACACAAGGCCACACUUGGAGGUUUACGAUUAUCAAGCUGGUUUUCCGUCUCUUCCAGCUUAUUCCCGUCUUGAAUCGCAAGCUCGAAAGAGGACCAAGAGGGGAUGGCAUGAUCCGGUACAAUUGGCAGGACGGCUUACCAUUUUUGGGCGAUUCGUACGGCGGGCUAAGUCUGCCCCAAGUAUAUUGCUCGCCAGUAUCUUCAUCUCCGAAGGCUCCCGAAGUCAUAUUCACCGACGAUGUAAUUUUCCAAAAGGGCAAGAAUGGCAUGUUCCAGCUUGUUGUCCUUUUGGAGAGUCUUACAGAUCUGGGAACCACACGAAAAUCACUUCUUGGCAUCAACGACCUAUCGAAUCACUACCUCCUCGCUGAAGAGGCAACGUUCAUUGUGCAAACUCCAGCGGUCAACUGUAAUGCGGUUGAUGUUGUCAAUGAUGUCUUCCGGAUUGCAACUGCUGAAGAGUUUGCUGCAACUGAAUCUCUCUGCGGCAAUAGACCAGCACCGCAGUAUUAUGACAUGUACCGGAUGAAGAAGGACCUGCAUGGGAAGAACUUCGCCAUAGUUAGGCCGGAUCGGUUCUUGUAUGCAGCAUGUGAUACGACUGAUCAAUUGCAUAGGAUCUGUAAGGGCAUGCGGCGAACACUCGGCCUGGAAUAG